AAGGAAAUGCACAUAGCAACGUCCAAAGCACGAAGAAAUCUCAGUAUGCAAAUACCUACAGGAUCCCGAGCAAGGAAAGAGCAGUAUAUCUCUGACUACCCAGAGGACGUGCAGCACCACAAACAGGAACUUUAAAGGGAUUGAAAUCUGUUGCCUGUUCCACUAGGAAUAUUGUUUGCAAGGCACAAGGUGUCUUUUGGUAGUGAGCACCCUCUGCGCAUGCGCAGGUCCAUUCGGGAAUUACUGCCCUGCCGCCGACUAAGUUGCAUUCCUUGAAUCUUCGCAGAAAAGACAAUUCUUUAAUCAGAGUUAGUAAUGUGGACAGUACAAAAUCGAGAGAGUUUGGGGCUUCUCUCUUUCCCUGUGAUGAUUGCCAUGGUCUGUUGUGCACACAGCGCCAAUGAGCCCAGCAACAUGUCAUACGUGAAAGAGACAGUGGACAGAUUGCUCAAAGGAUAUGACAUUCGCUUGCGGCCGGACUUUGGAGGGCCCCCUGUGGACGUAGGGAUGCGGAUCGAUGUCGCCAGCAUAGACAUGGUCUCCGAAGUGAACAUGGAUUAUACACUCACCAUGUAUUUCCAGCAAUCUUGGAAAGACAAAAGGCUUUCUUAUUCUGGAAUCCCACUAAAUCUCACGCUAGACAACAGGGUAGCUGACCAACUCUGGGUGCCAGACACCUACUUUCUGAAUGACAAGAAAUCAUUUGUGCAUGGGGUUACAGUGAAGAAUCGAAUGAUCCGACUGCAUCCUGAUGGAACAGUUCUCUACGGACUCCGGAUCACAACCACAGCUGCAUGUAUGAUGGAUCUACGAAGAUAUCCUCUGGAUGAGCAAAACUGCACUCUGGAGAUUGAAAGUUAUGGCUAUACCACUGAUGACAUUGAGUUUUACUGGAAUGGAGGAGAGGGAGCAGUAACUGGAGUUAAUAAAAUUGAGCUUCCUCAGUUUUCAAUUGUCGACUACAAGAUGGUCUCCAAGAAAGUGGAGUUCACAACUGGGGCAUAUCCACGACUGUCACUAAGUUUUCGUCUAAAGAGAAAUAUUGGCUACUUCAUUUUGCAAACCUACAUGCCUUCCACAUUGAUUACAAUUCUGUCCUGGGUGUCUUUUUGGAUCAACUAUGAUGCAUCUGCAGCCAGAGUUGCACUAGGAAUCACCACCGUGCUGACAAUGACAACCAUCAGCACUCACCUCAGGGAGACUUUACCGAAGAUCCCUUAUGUCAAAGCGAUUGAUAUUUACCUGAUGGGUUGCUUUGUGUUUGUGUUCCUGGCUCUCCUGGAAUAUGCCUUUGUAAAUUACAUCUUCUUUGGAAAAGGCCCUCAGAAAAAGGGAGCUAGCAAACAAGACCAGAGUGCCAAUGAGAAGAACAAACUGGAGAUGAAUAAAGUUCAGGUGGACGUCCACGGCAACAUCCUCCUCAGCACCCUGGAGAUCAAGAACGAGACGAGCGGCUCGGAAGUGCUCACGGGCGUCAGCGAGCCCAAGGCCAGCAGCAUGUACUCGUACGACAGCGCCAGCAUCCAGUACCGCAAGCCCCUGAGCAGCCGCGGGGAGGCGUACGGGCGCGCGCUCGAGCGGCACGGCGCGCACAGCAAGGGGCGCAUCCGCAGGCGCGCCUCGCAGCUCAAAGUCAAGAUCCCCGACUUGACUGAUGUGAACUCCAUAGACAAGUGGUCCCGAAUGUUCUUCCCCAUCACCUUUUCUCUUUUUAACGUCGUUUAUUGGCUUUACUAUGUACACUAAGGUCUGUCCUAAGGGUUCGUAAACGACUACUUUCCUCUUUUGAUUUUUGACCCCACAGGCCCCCCGCAGCGCCACUGCUGUGCUUUUUUGAGGUAAGAGAUUCAGCCAUCCGAUUGGUUUGAGGUCUUGCAUAUCAAUUUUAUUACUGCACCAUGUUUACUUCCAAAAACCACACACACACACACACACACACACACACACACACACACGCCACAAAGAAAACUCUAUUUUUUUCCAGUCUACUGUGGUCCAGGUUAUCAGCUCUGUCAGAGCUCUAUUAAUUGCCGUGUUUACAAACAAAGAACAAACACACACAAAGAGAGAAGUUAUAUAGGUAGAUCUUUAGCAGUCCUAUCUUUUGGCCCUGGAUUUUUUUGAUCUAUUUUUUAAAAUGAGAAGGAAAACAGGACCUAGCUCUCCGCGCGCACUGCUUCCUGGUAAACUGUAACAAUCUCAUGCUGCCAAAAAAAACAAAAACAAAAACAAAAACAAAAAACCAACACAAUUUCCAGGAUCUCAGAAGAAAAAACAAAGCCAUUGACAAGUUACAGAUUUCCAGGAAGAAGGGGGGAUAAGAGGAGCCUAGAAGAGGAAGGAAGUCUCCCCUCCAGCCUCAAGCCCCCCCAGCGCCCUUGCAGAAGGGGUCCCAGCUCCACGGGCGAGGAGGGAGGGAUUGACAAGGGCUGAUGGAGGUUGUGCAAACCAAACCUGCCAUCUUCACCUCACCAUUAAGCUGGAUAUUAUGAAAAACAACAACAGAACAAAACAACAACAACAAAAAAAAACCCGCUUCUUUCUCAGACUUGCAGGCAGAUUUAAAAUUAACACUCAAAUCCAUCCUGGUGGCCAUUGAGAACAUUUCUCUCUUCUUGUUGAGAAUAAGGAGUCUCAGGGCAAUGGAGAUUUAUUUAACUGACUAUCUCAAAUGAGCAACCCUGAACUCAUUUUAUUACCCUGGAAUCACUUGCCUCUGUGCCCUGAAGCCAUGCCUUCACAUCUCCUUAGUUCCUGCUCCAGAGAGAGUGAGAGGAAGGGAAUGGGGGAGGAGGGCUUUAAUAAUGGGCUGGUGAGCAUUUUUUGCGUGUAAAACACAUUGCCCUUUCCACGAGGAAGGCAAGACUUAUGUGCUGUGAAAAGGGUGCCUGGGCAGUUACCUAAACUGCCAAAUCUUAAAUCAAAUAGUAUAUAUUUCUUAGCCUUCCAGAGAGCACCUAAUGGUGACAGGCCUUGUUGCACAGGCCCCGGGCUAAUAACCUUAGCGCUCACCUCUCUGAGCUCUGCAUUCCAAAGUAGGAAAUGAAUGCUUCCGGAAGUGCACAUACACCCAUUUUGCUGUCACUCUCAUCUGAGGCCGGAUUACCUUUUUAAAGAAAAAUCUCAAAAUAGGAAAACCACAGAUAUCAACAACCGUGACAAAAUCACUGGGCCUUCAAACAUUUAUACCAGCCCCUAAAGCAUAGAACACAUCUGCACUCAUUAAUCAUUAAUCAGCAGUCAUUACUGCUCUGCCUUAUCUCUGCUCACGGAUUACUGUGGCCAUGAUCGUCAUAGAAGGGGCAUCCCUCAGUAGCCCAACACACAAUUCUAAACACGUCUAACCAGCUACAGUUGAGGUUUAUCACAUUUUAUGUCAUGAAAGCCUCAUUAAUUUUUUUUCACCCUGAGUAUCUUAAGAAUUCUGUAUGUUCAUUCACAAGGUUGAGUGAAACCCUAAAACAACCAACCAGUGAUGGAGGCAAUUGGGGAUCUGACCCCUCGCUGUCAAAUAUGGGUUUAGGUAAUAAUAAGGACAAUUGCAUCAUUUGAUGAUCUGGCUUUCUCCCUAAGGCUGUGAUGAGGGUCCGUGUUGACAGUAGCAUCAGCUGCUAGAAAUUACAGUCUUAAUUGGAAAGAUAAGGCCAAAUUCCUGCUGAUGAGCCCAAGGGGACAGAGUUUUGAGAUACUCUUUUUAGAAAGCAAAAUGAAAAGAGAAACCUAAAAUAAAUGAAUGGUUAUAGCCAAAGACAAUAUACGUUAGUAAGAAUAUAAAAACUGUGCUUUUACUGGAAAAAUUAUCUCAAUGGUUUCAUAACCAAUUAGUAGGGUAUGGGGACCAAAUUCUCAUUUAGAUUUUCAAUUGCAUAAUCACAGUUCCAUGGUCAAGGAAAUCUCCAGCCUCUGGGGAUGAAGGGAUCCAUUUUGAAACUGACUACUUCUUGGCAUGGAAAGAGGCUUUGCCAUCAUGAAAUGCCCAAAUAGAAUGGAAGGUGCCCAUGCCGGUGACUGUAAGGUUAAUAUUCCCAAUGACCACUCAGGAAAUACUGUGUAUUUUAAACACAGGAAGGUAGACUUUGGGCUGAUGCUCAACAGGAAUGAAUCAUCUGAUGUCAAAGUUUUUUAAAAAGCUUUUAAGGAUGAAAUGCUAAAUUAGAAAGGAAGUAUCUAUGAUCUAUGUUCCUUAACAAAACAAUUUUUCUUUAUUCACCUGUUUAGAUCAUUCUCCUUGGAAAAGAUUGAGGUAAUUUAUAUCUUUACUAAUUUUUUUAUCUUGCCUUAAAAGUCUAAAGAAUUUGAUGCUUGUAGUUCAGAUGUAAAGCAUCUCUGAGAAAAAAUAGAACAUUUUUAAAUCUUAUAUCUUAGCCUUUGUAAAUUGCAAAAUUAGUAAGCCUGAAUCUACCAUCAGGCACAAAAUGGUAUCAUUAUAUGUCUUCGUAGGCUUAGAGAGGGCACAGCCACAGGAUUGUGCAAAUUCUGUUAAUAGCUCUUAGAGGCAAUGGUAGCCUGAAAAAUGGAGAAGCUGAUGUAUUUCUGGUUAAUGACCUUUGUCCCCACUUCCUUCUUUAGGACACCUCUCAGCCAAAUCCCCUCCUCUGUGGCCCCCACCCAAACUCCCUCCAGGCUUAACAGUGCAGGGAAAAAAAACUGCUUCCUUCUCUGCCUCUCUCCCUUGUCUUGCUCUAAAUGAUGUACAUAAUACAUAAAAAUUGUUAGACAUUCCUAAGUGCCCUCAAACCGGUCCCCACUUCUGAAAGAUUCAGAUCAGUACAUUAUCGAGGGGUUACUCUCCUGCUAUUACUGGGUUGUUUUAUCUUUGCCAUGAAAAUAGCCAUAAUCUCCUGCAUUACUGAAGUGGCAGCAGAGGCAGAAAAUUGCACAGACUCACUCUCCUUUGCCACAGUCAUGUUCAGGGGACCCCAUGUUCGCAGUUCAUACACUGUGUCAUAGAUUUAACCUGUGUAGACCCAGCAGAACCUCAUCUUUCAUUUGACAACGACGACUACACAUUUUUUCUACUCAUGUUCCUUGGCUUAAAAUAGAGGUGACACGUGUGUUACGCUUACCAGCUUUGUGAGGCAGACCCAGAUAAAGACACAUUUUUGGCUUAAAUUAUCCAGGAUUAUUGCCUCAAUCCUCUAUAUUGCCAAACAGAAACAGCAGACUGGUUGGUAAUUCUGCUGAUUAAAUGAUAUGUGUUUUCAUAUCAUAUACACCAUCUUUAUUGUGCAUUACAAUCAAUGAAAGAUCUUGAAAAUGCAAAGAGAAAAAUGUGGUGCAGAGAAUAAAGUUUGGUUUAUGGAUCCAAGGAUAGCCAACAAACAUUAUGUACAAUCUACAGAAAUGUUGAGUAAAUGCCAUCUUUCCAAAAUCAGUUGACUCCUUCACGAAUACUUCUUUAAGAAAGAGCUCAAUUGAAAUUCGCCAAGUUAAACAAACAAACAAGCAAAAUAUAUUUAUCAUGCUAGAAGGAAACGACCUCCACGAAUUCUUAUAUGGACAGUUUUGAAUAGUAUCUCACCAAAGGGUGAUGUGCCACUUUUUUUUUUUUUCCUAAACUAAAUGUAAUCCUAUAUCCCAGGAGGGAGGAAAAAGGAAUGUGCAAGCAUUUGUUCGUGUUGGUUCAAUCAGCAAUUACUGGGAUGAAAAAGACAGAAAAACGAACAAAUAUCUCAGUUUCAGGAAAGCAAACAAAGGUAAACUUGUUAACGGAAUGUAGAAUAUUAUGUAAACUUCCUUGUAAAUUCUGUACAUAGUUCAUUGAAUUGUUCCUUGUUGUGUGGUGGUCCUCGGCUUUGGGUGGAUGUUUGAACAAUCCGAGCAUUGUAAAUAACGUAAGCUUAUGAGGCACUUGCUUUUAUUCCCGAAGUGAAGCAACUAGUGAUGUGGGCCCAAACCAGAAUCUUUUUAGCUCUUGCUCUCUCUCUGCCAUUGUGCGUGCGCAGUUGCGUCACUCUGCCUCACGCCCCAACCCCACAGAAAGGGACGGUAGCUGAGGAGAAGGCUGUACUCCCUUGGGGCUUAGGGAUGGCACACCAGCAGAGACAGGAACUGUAGCGAGCUGCUCCUGGAACUGUAUCAUGAAGAAUCAGGGGUGUUUCUAUCAGUCAUUCGUGGCUACUCAUAUAGUGAAAUACCAAAUCAUCCAUGCUUGUUGAGGGGUCAGGAAUGGAAGGGAUGUUCAAAAUCCACAGGCAAUCCAAAGCAUCAUUUGCACCAAUAGCUUUAGUUUCUACCUUUUUUCCUUCCACGAUGUUUCCCAGAACUUUGAAUAAGACAAGAAGUGAAUGGAUGGGUUUGAUCAGGGUAAACAAACAGUGAAAUGUCCAAAUGAUGGGAAGGAAAAAAGGAAGAGACAGCGAAUGACACUGAUAACACCAACUGGCCGAUUCAUCCUGCAAAGAUUCAGAAGUAACCAUGUCACAUUUCUAAAAGGUAAAGAGAAAUACUGGGAAUUAAAGCAAGUAUUUUUCAACUGGGAGUCCGGGAUGUGUUUGAUAUGUGCUAGUUAAACUUAGAAUCUGGUGAUUAAAUAUUUUCAUAUAUAUGUCUCCCAAGUCCUAGUAUUCUUGAAAAAGACUUCAGAAUGGUGGGAUAUUCAGCCAUAACAUGUGUUUCCAUGCAAGCUGGCAGUCCCAGAGAUGGUGAUAGUGUCUGCAGAAAUUUGGAAUAGCCUAGCAAGCUGGGACAUAGAUUGGUUUCUUAGUAACAUUUUAGGGUACACAGCAUCUUUCUUGGAGUUAGGAAUUUAGCAAGGCGGAGUUUUUUGUGUAAAGAUUCUAUGUGCUUGGAGACUUAUUCUGGCUCCAAAAUGUCCCAAUCAGUGUCCACCAGCGAUGGAACUAACAAGGUUAGUCAAUUUCUAGGUCUAGAACCCAUUGUGCUUUUACGUGAAUCAUGCUUUUUCUAUAUAACUGAAAUCAACUAAACUGACAGAAACCUAAUUGUUAAAGGUUGUAAUUUCACAAGCAACGUUUGCAAGGAAAUCCUUUUUAAUAGAAGAAUUGCAAACCAGAAAAUGCUAAGUUCCUAGAAGGGUAAGGGUAAAGAGUUUUGAGUUUAUUUUUACCUCUCUGAUAGCAAGAACUUCCUUAUUUCAACUGUAGAGGCCUAACAGUUGUUUGUUUUGUUUCAUUUUUCCUAAUCAAAAAGUCUUUGGUAUAUCAAGGGUCUCACGGUCAUUCCUGACUGGCCCCUAGAGACCAUGCAGGUCCUGGAGCAACCAGCACUCAUCAGACUUCAGUAGGAAUUCAGUGUGGGGAAAAUAAGUAUAUUUUUUAACCAGCUGGAAAUAAAACCAUUCUCAUGAAUGAUUCUACCUGCAUAUCCUGUUCUGAAGACAACAGAAACAUAAAUCAAUAAAAAGAGAGGCCAAAUAACAUGAUGCAUUUGCCUUAGGUACACAGGGUCACAGAUUCACUUGCUUAAAACAGCUCACGUUAGAAGCCAAAGGAUGAAUAAAAGCAAUCAGUAUUGCUGUCUGGCUUUCAUCUCUCCCUGGGUUUCCUUUUGAAGAGAAACAGAAAAGGGGGGACAUUUUCCAAUACAACUUUUUUAUAGGUGAAAAUCAUUAAAAUGUGUUAUGUGUGUGCAUUGUGUGCGUGUGGCUGUGUAAAACAGAUUACCUCUCUUGUGUUUGUUCCUUCCCAGUGCUGUAUGCCAUCCAACCUUAUGCCUUAACCCAAAGAAACCAAUUCAUUUUUCCUCUUUCUCAUUCAGACCUCCUAAGUUAUCUUGCCCAUGCGUAGCUGAAAGCUCCAGCUUUAAACUUACCUUGCGUAUCUUCAAUUGAAUUCAUGAAAACAAUGAACUUUAAUAAUUUCCCCAAAUUCUUAUUCCUAUUGCCUUUAGCAGGUCUUCGGAGGUAGCUUGUGUCGUCAUGGUAGCCUCCUCUGAAACUGCCUUGGGUUAUUUUUCUUUUCUGCUUUUCUGUCCUUUCUGGAAAGAGUACCUGUUUACAUAAACCUUGUCUCUCCCAGCCUAAUUUAAAAUCAAGUGGAAAUAAAAGUCUUUAGCUCAAACCUAGGAAAAUUCACAUUAUCUACACCAAAGUUUGAUGAUAAGAACAGCCCUGUACAUUCUAGGUGCAAUAUGGUGAGUUCAUACUGUAUCAGCUCUUUUCCAUCAAACUUGUUUUCUCAUGCCCUCCUUUAGCCUUAAUUGUACACCUUUUAUAAACCUAUCAUUAUUCCUUCCAGAAUGGUUUCUCAUUCAUGGAGUACACCACUAGUUACAGACCAUCCUCUGGGAACCUGACCCACUGUCUUUUCAGUUGCUUAUUCCUGUUACAGAUUCCACGUCCAUGCAUCUCCCACCGACUCCCCCUGAGCCUUCUAGCAGACAUGGAAUGUAGUAAGACAAGUCAUAAUGCAAACUUGUCCAAAUUGCCCUUCCCAAGUAUGUAGAACAUCUUUUGCCUCCAAACAGCAUUCCUAUACUUGGAGAACAGAGAGUUGUCCAAACAUAUACCAAGCAAUGUACAGAAUAACUUUAAAAAGUUAACAGUAAAUGAGCUGCGUGCUGGAGAGAGGGAGAUGACAGUGGGCAGAAAACACCCGGACUUAGAAUUGCAUGACCUGGCCUUUAUGUUGCCUCUACCACUGCCUGGUCGUAUGACUGAAGACCAGCCAUCAGAUGACUUCCACGUUCCCUUCCAAACUUCAACUAGUUGGAAACCAAGUUGCCAACUAAAUUUCAAAGGGCAUUUUAACAGGUUUGUGCAGGAAGUUACCAGAAAGAUAUAGGAGCAUGGUAGUUUCUGCUAAAACAGUCCCAUAAAUAUUCUUUGUUGUAUAUCUUUGGGAGUAAGUCAUCAGGGUAGGCCAUCUGGUGUCAAGUGUAUCAAAUCCAAUACCUGUCCAUAUUCCUUUAAAAUUACAUUGAAGCUAAAAUGUUUAGAAGUUUAAAUUUACAGGCAGAUGGCAAAAAAAAAAAAAUUUUUUUUAACAAUUUUAAUAAUGGUCUAUACUACAAAUAUUUCCCUUCAAGAGCACUGGGGAGUCUCAGAUAACAUAAAUCAGUGUGGUCCCUGUUUUUAGAUCUCUGGAAGAUGUAGAUCCCUUAGGCCAUUCUCUGCAACUCAGUCAGGAAAAGCCCUGAAAUGCCCCCUCCAUAGUGGAAGAGCCUAUCUCGAGGCAGCAUCUGAGCAGAAAUGCUGCUACAGUCCCCUUCAGUGUUCUCCCCAGUGUGAGACCCCAUCACUGUCUGGGUUCUGUAGGCGGAGCAGCCAGAUAGGGUUGAGCUCUCAGACAAGGGGAGACCUCCCAUCUAGUUGGAAAAGAUCCCAGGUCUUCAGAAUCUCUUAUCUGCUCUCCCUGCCCCACUUUCCCAACCACCCUCCUAUUCCCCUCUUAACUAGUUCAAUCUGCCAAUUGUUUUAGGCACAACGUUGACAAAACUGAAAGUUUACUUAUUAAAUUUUGAUUAACACUUCUAGCUAUUCAUGUUUUUAAAGCAUGCACCCUCUCCACUCCAAUCUCUGAACAUGACCCCCAGUGUGAUUCCUGCACACGGAUAUUCUUAACUUUUCCCCCUUUUCAGAAGAUACCUUCCAACUCUAAGCUCCCAUGAAUUCUCCUGAGAGCCCCCUGACCAUUCAGAAUUGUUAGGAGAGUGCCUAAAAAUUCCUCCCUUCCAUUUUGGGUCAGUCUACAAAUGAGAUGGCCUCUUUUUUGUAAAGUUAGCCUAAUAUUCUGCUGCUUGACCUCUCACAGUUCCAACAUUCCUAUAUGCAGGUGUGCUCUUAAAGUAGAGAACUAAUAGUUCUCUUUUUCAGGUUUCUCAUAUUUUACACUUUUGAGAUGCAUUCAUAGCUAAUGUCAUCUUUUUAAAAACAGAGGAAGCAUUUAUAAGUCUUCAAAUUCUCACCAAAUUGAGAUUAAUACUUAUUAAUAUAUAUAUCCAUUAGGAUUCAUUCAGGUAUAAGUAACAAAAGAUGCAACUAAAAGUAACUUUAACCAAAAUGAUAGCUUAUGUAACAGUAAGUGCAGAAGCAGGGUGGUUCCUGGGUUAUUUCAAUAGCACAAUGAUGUCAUCCAGGACCUGAGACCCCUCCCAGGACCAGUUCUUCCUAACUCUGUAUGUUAUCGGCACGCAUUGUGGUUGCAAAAUGGCUACACUCAUGUACUCGUAUCAAGUGGCAGAAACAAGGGAAAGUCCUGCCUUAGGUCUCUUUUUAAAAGCAAGGAAAUCUUUCCCCACAAAACCCUCCCAGCCAUCUUUCUUGUUCCAUUGGCCAAGGUUGGAUUACACAACCAUUCCUGAACCAGUCACUGAUAAAAGGAAUGAAAUUAUCAUGAUGGGUUUACAACAUUGAUCCAGUGAGUUGCCCAGGGGGAAUAAAAGAUGGAAUAUGUUAACAAAAAGAAGGAAGAAUGGCUUUGGGGUAGAUAUCCAAACACGACUGUCACACAUUGGUCUAAGGUAUCAGAAAAGACCUUGUCACACAUAAUUUCAUGAUUUGAUCUUAAAAUCAUUACCCUACAACCCUAUGAAAAUUAUGAUGACACUACCAAUAUCUGGUAAUGGAGGCUAAAUAGGUUAAAUGAUUUACCCCAAAUCUGAUAAUGAUAAUUAGUUAGUGACAGAGUUACUAUUCAAUCUGAGAUUUUUUUUUUCUUUUUCCUGACUGUAAAGGCAAAGCUAUGUCUAUUCUAACCACACUGCCUAGAUCUAAUGCUUUGUACUUUGAUGAUCCAGGUUUUGGGUGGUUCAAAGAUAAGAGGAGAGUAGGAAGAAAGAGAACAAUUUCCAAAUAUUCUUGUUCUUUUUUUAUCCUUCUCCUCCAUCUUGCACACUCCCUCCCCGGCAACCGCACCCCCCCCCACCCCCAGCCAAGACGUACAAAAGCCUUUCAUUAUUCUCUUGAGGGAAAGUGUAGAAGGAAUAGCUCCAGCAACAAUUGAAUAGCCUGAGGUGUGCCCAGUUCUUUUUUGGAUAACGUUACUGUUAGGGGACCACAUGCCCCAGUUUCCCCAAGACAACCACAAUUCACUCUCAAAUCUGUCCAUUUAGAUAACGAUUAUAUAGUCACACUAGUUAUGAGUCUCAUAAUUCCCAUCCCUGGCGGGUAUGGGAAAUAUUAAUAAGCUAAUAUUAACACCUUGGAGAAAAUAUAUGCCUUGGCUCCCUGUGAAUCACUUAAGCCCAACCUCAGUCUCUCCAUUACUCACACUCACUUUAUUUCUCAUUGUUCCCCUUACCCAGCUUCAAGCAAACUAAUCCUCACAUAUCUACUGCAGCAACAGCCACAUAUCAUCCCAAAGUGUGCUCGCUGCUGUUUGAAGUUUUACAUUUCUUUUCCACUGCCCAGAUUCUCCUCUUCCCUUGCCCCUCCCCAACGCUGGAUUAUAAAUCAAGGCAACAUCGUCCAAAAAGCCAUCCAUGAGCAGCCAACCUUUCCUCAUUCUGUUUACUCUCCUGCUAGCACCCCCUCGGUUCUUGUGGCCACUUAGUCAAUAAUAAUAGAUGUUGAAUUUGUGUAUCUUCUGGUAGUCUUGAAAUAUACACUCUCUGCUUCCCAAAAUAAGGUCCUUAAGGGUAAAUGCCCCAUUUUCUAAUUCUUUUCUAUUGCCCAAAGCAUUUGCUGUUCUGUCCGUGGUAGACAGUCUGUAAGUACUGAUUGAAUGGCCUACACUGGUAAAUGUGGGAAAAGAAAGAUUUCCUAGGGACAGUACUUCAGGAUUACAGAUAAUAACUUGUGAAACAGGUGCCACCCACACCCUCCCCCAACUUAUUUUACUUCCAUAGAGCCUAGGUCUACAAUCUCUAAACAGAUAAAAAGUACAGUCAAACUUACAGUUGAAACCAGGCUUGGGUCUGUGCAAAGUGGCCAUUAAGAUUUUCCUCAUUGCUUAGGACUUAAACAGGCUGAAUCUUAACAACACCAUUCUAAAUUCUACCAGUGCUGGCAUAACUGAACUUUCCAUGCUGAUUCCGACUGCUUUAACUUUAUGGAAACAGGAAAUUCUUCACUGGAAGUUUCAUUUUUUCCCCCCAUAUACUCCCCUUUGCCUUAUUCAAAGCCUUCUGCAUCUAGGUUGUAUGGGGUCUCAAAGUUGGGACUGUAUUGCCUAAUUGGAACACUGCAGCAUGAAUUAUAAGAGGACAUUUCCAGAGGGUACUGCACACAAGAUUUCACUUCUGCCAAGAAAUGAACAGAAGGUUUAGAACUAAGAGAGAUGGGCAGUUCUUCAUGGUCCCUCAAGACUGCAUAAGAUAGAUGUGCAGAGAAAUACCUUUUCUGCAGCCCUUCUUUCAAUUGUUAACUUUCCUGUUCUCCUGUUCUAUAUAUUAUUUACAAAUUUCCAUAAAAGAAAUAUAUCGUUUGCAAGCCUUACCUCAGAGUGGCAACCAGCCACCCCAGUUUUACGAGAUAACGUAUUUUUCUACUUGAUAUUCCCCCAAAUACAUUGAAUUGCAGUGUACCUGCUUUUUCUUUUUUUAAGCUAAAUCAAUUCAUGUUAAUCUGUUUCCUACAUCUUUUUAAAAUACUCACUGGAUAAAGCUUGAAAUAUUUUAUAUUUUGCGACAAUGCUCCUGAGACAUUUUUAGGGAAGCCCCUUGAUUAUUCUAACUCACUGCAGUGUCAUGGAAAGCAGAAUUAUUAAAUACAGUGAUAUUUCAUAUUCAGAACAUCCACUACUAGGUAGGGAAUGCUCGUGAUUAGAUACGCAUAUAUUUAUUGACUGUGUUGCUUCAACUCCUUAUUUUAGAGAGGGCCGUGAACCCUCUCGAUACAAACUACCAUGCGGCAUUAUUCCAAAGUGAAGAUUGCAUGAGGUUUUCAGAAAUUCUAAAUGUUUACAAGGACUAAAAAUUUUUUGACAUCUUUAAAGAAGCUUUUUAUUUUUGACCACCAGGCAGCAUUUUGUGCCAUUGUGAUGGGAACCUAAUGGCUAAUGUGAAAUAAUGUUGUUGUGUCAUUUAAAAGGGUAAUGAAAAUGUAAACGGGAAACUUUAACAUUGUGUAAAUACAAAUAAAACUGUUUUUGAGAGAAA